GACUUAACCGACGCAUCCGCCCGACGCCAUUUUGAUGAAACAGCGACGAGAAGGGGGAACAUCGACGUCCCGCGUGACGCUGUUGGGAUUUUGCUUCGAUAAAAACAAAAAAAUCCACCGAGGACUCAUCUUUUGACAGCCUUUCUGCCGAGGAACACGACUGACGGACCUGACGAGGAAACAUAACAUCUCCCGCUUUGGGUUCGGCCGGUUGACGCGUCGUUAGUUUAGCUUAGCACGUUAGCUUAGCACGUUAGCUCGCGGCGCAUGUCGGGGCUAAAUGUCGAUGUGUUAACUUUCGCAUCAUUUUGUCGUCUCCUUGGCCGUUCCUUUUUUUUAGCCUAAACACUGUGGACAUCGUUCUCGACUACCUUCCGCGCCGUUCAGUGGACUUUUCGGACAUUUUUAACGCAAAAGCACGGACUUCUGCGGCCUUGCCCCCCCCCCACCCCUUUCAAGGACUCCUCAUGGCGGACGCGGCCUUUUUUUGAACGCCACUUUAGAUAAAAGAAGUCAAAUUUAUUGGUAUUGACUCGGACUCUGGUUGCGCCCCCGCUGUGGGUUUCACUGGACUUUGAGGACUGACAAAAAGGGCACAUGGCGCCGUCGACUGGCGCGCCGGCCUUUAAUGUCCACGUCUUUGGUUGGAAUUGACACGGACUUUUUUCGUCACUCGCCCUAAAUUUUUAACCAAGCCCUUUAAUUUGUCCAGUGUUUCAGCCCAUUUUCGUAUUAAAAGUGACCAGGUUUUGGCCUCCUGUGUUGAGUGUUGACGCUGUUUUAUUUCGUGACCCAAGCCUGUCUCUCCUCCCUCCUCCUCCUCCUCUCUUGUACCUUAUCUAAGUGCUUCUAGGCCUAUCCAAACAAAACGACAAAAAACAUGUCGUGUGUUCACUACAAGUUCUCCUCCAAACUGGACUACAACACGGUCACGUUCGAUGGGCUCCACAUCACCCUCAGUGAGCUCAAACGGCAGAUCAUGUCCAGGGAGCGCCUCAAGGCCACAGACUGCGACCUGCAGAUCACCAACGCGCAAACUCGGGAAGAAUACACGGACGAUGAAGCCCACAUCCCCAAACACUCGUCUGUGAUUGUCCGGCGGACUCCCAUCGGCGGAGUCAAACCCGCUGGCAGGACGUUCAUUGUAGAUCGUUCUGACACUUCUGUGGUGGGAUCAUCGAGACCCACCGACUCCUCACCUUCUAUGUCUCUUGCCCAACUCACCAAGACCGCUAAUCUGGUUGACGCAAAUGCAUCCGAGGUGGACAAGAUUAAAGCUAUGAUCUCCCAGUCAAACCACGACUAUGACCCCAUUCAUUACUCCAAAAAAGCGAUCGGACCGCCACCUGCUAACUACACCUGUUACCGUUGCGGAAAGACUGGCCACUACAUUCGCCAAUGCCCUAUGCUCUUGAUCCAAGAUAAGAGCUUGGAAGGUCCCAAACCAGUGAGAACGAGUAAGGGGAUUCCUCAGAGCUUCAUGGUGAAAGCGGAGCCUGGCACCAAAGGAGCCAUGUUGACCAGCACCGGUGAAUACGCCAUACCGGCCAUAGAUGCAGAGGCGUACGCGCAAGGGAAGAAGGAGCGUCCGCCGUUUGUCCCACAUGAUCAGUCUUCCUCUGAGGACGAUUCCGACCCCAUCCCGGAUGAGCUUCUGUGUCCCAUCUGUAAUGACCUGAUGACGGACGCUGUGGUUAUUCCUUGCUGCGGAAAUAGCUACUGCGACGAGUGUAUCCGGACUGCCUUGCUGGACUCUGAGGAGCACAUUUGCUACACAUGCAAACAGUCCGAUGUUUCCCCCGACAAUCUCAUAGCCAACAAGUUCCUUCGACAGGCCGUGAACAACUUUAAAAAUGAGACCGGCUAUGCAAAACAUGGGCGUAAACUGGUCCAUCCUUCGGUGCCCCCUCCCCCACGGCUUCACCUGAGCAGGCCUCUCCAGUCCAGACAGCAGGACCCUCUGAUGGCCAACAUCUCCCAGCCUCCUGCUGUUUUCAUUGGGACACCUGUCGUGACCCCUGCCCCCCAAGUUCAGGCCCCGCCUGUCUUGCCGGUCUUGCCUGCUCCUGCUGCUCUCACCGCCACCCCCACAACCACCUCCACUCCAACUCCCACUCCUCCACCUUCCCCUCCCCUUCCUCAUGCUGACGUCACUGAAGAACGACAAGAUGCCUCACCGGCUCCUGCACCUAUUGUGGACCAUGAUUCUCCUCGGGUCUCCACCAGCCAAGGAGAGCCACCCCCACCAGGGGAGAUAGACCCCGUCAUUGUAAUGCCGAGCUCGUCUAAACCGUCAGACCGAGACAGACAGAGUUACCAUAUGAAUGUUGGGCCGCCACCAUCUUCAAGGCCUCAUCAUCUACCAAGCCAGCAUUCUCGACCACCUCAAUCCCACAGAGGAGGCAGGCACUGGGAAAGGUCCUACAGAAACCGAGGCGACCCGCCUUCCACUCACCACCCGACAAUUCCACCUCCUUUACCUGCUCCUCCCAUUUAUGUGGCCCCAUCGCUAUACCCACCCCCUCCGCAGUCCUACCCUCCCUUGUACUCAUCUGGCCCCGGUCUCCUCCCUCCUCCUACGAUGGGUUACCAGCCUCAGCCCAUGUAUCCCCCUGGACCCCCAGGGGUCAACCCUCCCUGGGGGCCCCCGGGUGGUCAACCACCUCUUUUUCCCCUGCCCCCGUCCCUCAAUCUCAAUCCACCCCCUCUCUCAAAGGAGGACUUCUAUAAGCAGCGACAUCACCGACAAGAGAAUAUUACAUCCAAACUGGAUGAAUUCACAAAAGACUUUCACAAAGAGCUUAUGAAGUAUCGAAAUACAUCAAAGAGACAGAGACCUUCGUACUCCAGGUCCAGAUCGUAUAGCCGCUCUCCGUUCAGCCGCUCUUACACUCGAUCAAGAUCCAGGUCAAGGUCGAGGUCUUACUCUUACACCCCGAGUCGAUCGCGGUCCCGUUCACGCUCCCACGGACGGCCAUAUCCCCGUUCUCCAUAUUCCCGUCGAAAUGGACGCACUUAUGCACGCUCACGAUCAAGGUCUAAUUCCCGAUCAAGGUCUUACGGAUACAGGAGGUCAGGGUCGCCAAGAACGCCGCCUGCAUCCUUCCGUGGCGGAGGCUGGGAAGGGCCUGAAGGGACCGCGCCAUUCAGAUCCCGGUCACGUUCUCGCUCACCUGGUGCGUUCCGAAACCGAAGUCCUGGUAUACGAAAGCCACCAGCACGAGAGUUGCCGCCGUCUGAGCUGAAAGGACUAAGCCCUAACAGUCAUGAGCGCUGGGAGCGGGACCGCUAUCGGCAGUGGGAGAGGGAGUACAGAGAUUGGUAUAACAAGUAUUACAAAGACUAUGAGAAUCAGCAUCAGGCACUGCAUCACAGAGGCCGUGGCAGCAGGGAAAGGGAACGAGACAGAGUGUCCCCCCUGCACAGGGAAUACUCUCCCCAAGGAAGAGGGAGGAGAGGUCGAGAUGAGAAAGCAGCACCAUCUCACAAUCCUCCUCCAUCCUCAACGGUCACAAAGCCCAGCACCAAAGUCCUCAAGACUAAGAAGGUCAAAAAGAAAAGAGCUGGGGAGGACUCUGAACAAUCACAGCAGUCCAUGGACCGAGGCGAUGCUACGCCGGUCAGAGAUGAACCUAUGGACGAAAUACUGUCUCCGAGUAAAAUGGCUCAGGUGUCUUCAAAGCCACCGUCUUCCACCGCUACCUCUAAGGUUCCAGCCUCUAAAAUAUCCACUGCAUCUGUAAAAACCGCGGUCAAGUCAACAUCCAAGACUGACAAGUCCAAGAAAGAGAAGGCUCAAAAGGUAAAACCCAAAGUCAAAACGGAGGCUUCUAAAGUCAAAAGCGACAAGGUGAGGAAAAAGACUGAAAGUGCAGUCACCAAGAAGAAAGAUCCACCUCCUGCGGCUAAAACAUCAAAGACAAUCAAAGCCAGACCUGAAGAUGGCCACAACACAACUGCUCCUAAAAAGGAAAAGGUUAAAAGCUCAUCUAUGAGACCUCCUCUGCAAAAGACAACCCAGCUAUUCUCCCAAGGCGCACUUCUGCCACACCCGUCACUCCAUGAGAGCUUCCGACCUGGCAACGAUAAUAGAGGACGGAGAGACCUCCAACAUGGCGGCGGCCUCCUUCCCCUACCCCAUCAAGGACUCUCGUACCUCCACCGACCUCCCUCACCGCUCGACAACAGGCGGAGGUUGGGAGAGGAGGGCCGCUCUUUACUUGGUUCUCCGCCUCGAAAACUGAGAAGAUUAGAUGGGCUUGGGAUUGCAGGCGAUGUUUUCUCGCACCCACAUGCUGCUCACCAGCCACCACAGCAAAGACUUUCACAUCCAUCUGACAGGCCUGGUAUUCUUCCCCUAAAUGUGGGCCGCGAGAUGAUUUGGGCAGACAAGGAUCGAGGACCUAUCAGACCACUCAUGGAGUUGCCGUUCAAGCCUGUGAACCAGAGAAGCAUCCCUCUGAACAGAGAUCCUGGAAAACGAGGCAACCCUGAGACCUCAUCUUCUGGUGCUGAGAAGACCACAAACAACCUGGAUGCCGACAGACCCAGCAGUUCUUCGGAAAGUGACCUCAAAAAGGAACGAUCUGCUUCUUCUGACAGAGGAAUUUCGAGAGAUAAAGCUGGGGAGAAAUUUUCUGUCACGGAUAAAGACACUGACCGGAGCUCAGGAGUGGACAGAGAGAGGGACAGUACUUCCAGGGUAGACAGAGACCGAGACAGAGCUUCAGGUUCAGGUCGAGGAGAAAAAGCGUCUAGGUCUGACAGAGAUCAAGAAAAAAGUACAGAUCGAGGUCGGGAAAGAGCCUCAGGAUUUGACCGAGAUCGGGAAAAGGUUUCGGGAGCUGACAGAGAUCGUGAAAGGACUUCAGGUUUGGAUCGAGACAAGACUUCAACUUCUGACCGAGAUCGAGAAAAGACAUUGGGUUCGGAUAGAGAUCGGGAAAAGGGUUCAGACCGAGAUCGGGAAAAGACUUCUGGGUCAGAUCGCGAUCGGGAAAAGACUUCAAGCUCAGAUCGAAAUAGAACUGUGGGUUCUGAUAAAGAGCGUGACAGAGUCUCAGGCUCAGCCUCACAGAAGGUUUCGGUCUCGGCUGGAAAAGAAGCUGAGGCUACCGAUAAAUCACACAAGAUUGAACGCAAGAACUCUGGUGGAAGUGGAUCAGGAAGAUCAGUUUGCCUUGAUAAAAUGACAAUUGGAGAAAAAUCUGCCAUCAGCAAGAAGCAAGAGAGACCUAGUAGUUCCUCCAAGGAGCGAGAAGCCACGGAGAAAGUACCAAAAUCUGAUCGGACUGUUUCCAAAGAGAGAGCAGAGAAGAGCGUGUCCUCUUCAAAGAAACCAGAUACUGCUCCCAAAGGGAAAGAGGGUGAGGCCACAACUGUUAGGACCAAGCUUAAAAUCAGUCGGAAGGUUUUAUCGAGCCUGUCUGCGAACUCUGCCAGGUUAACUCAAGACACAAAACACGUCAGUGAAAUAGAGGAGAAGAGCGACUCUCCCGCCAAUCAGGAGCAGCCCCCACCAAGCACGGAGAACAACCACGACCCCAGCCCGAAAAACGUUGUGCAAGUGGGCCCGCUCGGAGAGGAGCUGCUCAUCCAGGCGCCUCCUCGCUCCAAGUGGGAGAGGGAAGACGACGAGGAGGAGGAGGCAGUGACGCAGGACGAGGAUGCCGGCGUACCCAAGGAACCUUCGCCUGUUCCUCAGAAGAGUCAGGCCAAAGAGGGACAGAUGGAAGCGCCCAAAGCUGUCAAGAGUGAUGCUCACGAGGUCACCCGAGACGAGAAGAAAGGUUUGGCCAAGGAAGAGAAGAAGAGGGUGCCAAAGGAGGACGGCAAAGGCAGCAAGCUGGCCUCCACUUCUGUUAAACCCACCAAAGUGAAAAUUAUUCGAGAGGACAGGAAGGGAGGCAAAACAGAAAGGAGCUCAGCUAUAAAGGAGGAUGGGAGAGGUCGAGCAGGACGGGAGGAUGCGAAGGGGGGUGCAGGGAAGGAUGAGAGGACUGCGUCCACAAAGGAGGAGAGGAGCAGGUCCUCCAAGGACGAGAAGAACAGUGGACGGGAAGAAAAUCGAGGCCCAGAGACUAAGAGACAGCGCCUGGGCUCCGACCUGACCCGCGAGACCGACGAGGCCGCCUUCAUCCCCGACUACAGCGAGGGAGAGGAGGGCUCCGACUCUGACGAGGACGGGAGCACCCCCUGCCCCUCCGCCAGCCAGCACUCCAACAGCGCCGAGCGGGAAAACCACAGCGACUCUGCCAGUGUGUCUACCGGUGCGGCUGCAGACAAGAAGCAGAAGAAGAAACACAAGAAGCACAAAAAACAGAAGAAGCACAAGAAGCACAAAGUGCAGGAGAAGGAGGGCGAGCACAAGAAGCACAAAAGCAAACACAAGAAGAAGAAACACAAAAAGAGUAAAGACAAAGUCGCUGAGGAAGUCAAAGUGGACAAAGCUCCGGACGAGGACCAGGCGGCGCCGUGUUAACAUCCUGUGGAUUUCUUUGUCCGCCUCCUAAAAAGCUCAUGCACUGACUUCUUGGACUUCUUCUUGGACUUUGUGAAGAUCUGUGGGUGGAAAAACCUUCACGCUGCUUUGUGCCAGCAGCCCACGUGACGGAGGACAUCAGGACUAACUCAGGGAUGUGCAGAACCAAGGAUCCAUUUGUCGCCCCUGAGGAACCUCCUUCGCCUCCCGUGUGUAAUAUGUGUCAAUGUACAUUUGUUGUCAUGGUUACGUUACAUGAAUUUAGUUUGCAACUUACAGGACGGUUCAAAGAUCACAACGUGCUCGCUACAACCGCUUAAUGUGAACUAUGACGGUCGGCCGUUGUCUCCAUGAUUGGGACUUUAAUUCAAGAGGUUACCUUGUUUUUUUAUUUCUUUGUCGGGUUGACAUUAGUCUUGCGCUCAGUCCGACAUGCGUGUGAUUUCUAGACAAGCUUUGUUCCUGAUUUGAUGCGACACUGGAUUCUAACACCGACCGUGUUAAGGCGAAGUGUCGCCACUCGUCUGUCCCUUGCUCUCUGUGAGCGAGUUCUUCCUGAUGAGUCUUUUUUUUUUUUUUUUUAUUAAAAUAUAUUGACCUCACAA